AUGUUUCUACAUGAUUUUCUACACUUAACAUACGACUACGCAGCCUUGAUUAGGUUUUUGUGCGAAAAAGGAGUUAUUCGCGAUCGCAUUACGUGUCCAAAAUGCAGUAAUAUUAUCGAACUUGAUUUUGAUGAUAAAUCGUUAAAAUUCAAAUGUCGAAACAAGUAUUAUGUCGGACACUACAAGAAGAAAAAGCGACGAGUUGUUUGUACAUUUGGGAAAAGUGCUUUAGCUGGCACUUGGUUUUCCCACGGACAUCAUGGAAUAGUGAAAACUUGCAGAUUUAUUGCUUAUUUUUUAAUGAUUCGGCCACCACGUCAAAUAUUUCUCGAAGAACAAUUGUGUUUAUCUAGACACAGUGUCGUUGAUUGGACCAACUUCUGUCGGGAGUUACUUCAACAGUGGAUUAUAGCUGACGAAGAAUUACUUGGUGGAUCAGGCGUUAUCGUCGAGAUUGAUGAGGCAAAAGUGGGAAAGCGUAAAUACAAUAGGGGACGAAUCGUCAAAGGUCAGUGGGUAUUUGGUGCCAUUGAACGAGUCAGUGGCAAAAUGUUUAUCGUGCCCGUCAAGGAUCGCACCAGUAUCACUCUCGUCGACAUCGUUAAGCGUCGAAUUGCUCCUGGCUCAAUAAUUUAUUCUGAUUGCUGGCGUGCAUACGACACUCUGAGUAAUUAUGAUUACACCCAUUACGUGGUAAAUCAAACCGAACAUUUUGUGGACUCUCAAACUGGUAUCCACACUCAAAAUAUAGAACGAUUAUGGAGGGAUAUGCGAGGAGCACUACCUCGAUUUG